UCUGUGUCCAACUACGCCUUUCGAAUGGUGCUACAUUUCAGCAUCGUUCGAACAGUGAUAUUCGGUUUCGUGUCGUAAGGCUAAAAAUUUUCGGCAUCAAGCAUCAGAUUUGACGUGUAGUAUAUCUAGGAGGACGUCGAUUAGGUUGUAGCCAUCCAGAUGGCGUAGCUGUGAACCAGGCCAAAGAAUUGAACUCAGCGUUUAUCUAUAGCGAUAAAUAACUUCAUCUUAAUUUCAUUCCUUAGAGAAUUCAUCUAUUAAUCAGUAUGAAGCUCAUGUUUCUAGUUACGUUAAUCUUCUGUGAAAUCACUGUAAUUAAAGCGGACCUAACUGUCGAGGAUCUGGAUCUAUUCGACGUUGUCGAAGACGUCAAACAGAAUUUCUACGAGUUUCUAGAAAUCUCCGAGAAUGCGACUACUGCGGACAUACGGAAAGCUUAUAGGAAGCUGUCGCUUCAGUACCAUCCGGAUCGAAAUGCAGAUCCGGAAGCGCCCGAGAUAUUCCGAAAGAUAGCCGCUGUUAUGGAAGUGCUAAAGGACGAGCGAAAACGUGCAAAGUACCAUGAAAUUCUACAGUACGGUAUCCCUGACUGGGCGCGCAGUAUGUACUAUCGGUACUACCGGAAAGCGCGCAAAAUGGGCCCGCUAGAAAUGAGUGUCAUGAUGUCAAUUCUUAUCACAGUCGCACAGACUUUGUGGAUGUGGGCGUCGUAUUGGGAGGCAAAAUUCACUAUUCAGUCUAAUGUCAAUGAGGCGAUCAAACGCAAAAAACAACGUUCAACGAAUGCAAAAAAGAAUAAAGCAGCUGAGGAGGAAAUUCAACAAAUUCGGCAAGAACUCAUGUCGCGCAUCUCUGCGCCGAGUUUCAAGGAUAUCUGGUUUAUUCGACUACCGUAUCAGCUGUUUUGUGCUUUCGUCGCACUACCAGGCUGCGUAAAGGAAUUAGCGGCCAAGAAAAAACCUGUUGAAGAGGGAAGUGAAAAAGAUGAUGAAUCAAUGAAACCCAAAAGGACACCCCGCCAAAGACAACCUGUAAAGGCUGCAGAAGUGGUAAAUGGAACUGCCCCGGUUGUGGCCAACGUGUCGACUGGAGACGACAAACAACUAGAGACAAAGCGAAUCAAGCAGGGGCCCUGGGGUGAUAACGAGGUAACGACGUUAAUUCGUUUGCUCAAAAAAUACCCCAUCGGGUCAGUUGACCGCUGGGAGAAAAUCGCCGAAGCGCUAACCCGCUCCCCGCAAGACAUCCUUGAUAAGGUCAAGUCGAUGCGCACGGUCAAGACGAACGUCAUACCCGAUCAGCAGAACAGCAGUAAAUCGCUGUUUGUCGAAAGUGGGAUUUCAACAAAGGAGCUCGACGAUGAAGAAAACAAAUCUGAUAAUGACGGUGAUUAUGAUGAGACUAGCGCCGGUUCUACUGAAGAAACAGACUCCGAUCCGACGGCGUGGACAGCGAGCCAGCAGAAACAGCUCGAAUUAGCCAUGGUAGCAUUCCCUAAAUGGACUGAGGGCAGAUGGGAUCUAAUCGCAAGUCGGGUCGAUGGCAAAUCGAAGAAGGCGUGUAUAGAACGGGUACGGUGGUUGAUAGAAAAAAGGAAAGAAAAAGUCUCUGGAGAAACUAGUUGAAGUUUGCGCGAAAAAACUCGACUGAAAGGAGCAACGACUUCGUAUGUAUCGCUUCGUCCCGUGCUCCGUAGAGAUUUACUAAUAUUAAAUAAAUUCAAUUUUUAUUUAGAGUGAGGAUGACCGCUAAUAUAGGAGAAAAAAAAUCAAGACCACACGACCCGACAUCGCGGCGGACGAGUCAGGGUAAAUCUGAACGGUGAACUGAACGAUCUGAAUAUAGAAUAAUUUAAUCAAACCUUUAUUAUAGCUCGUUAAUGUAUUGAAUGCAUUAGUGCUGAUUGUGCGCGAUAAUCGUGAUUAAGUAACCUAUGAUUAAAUAGGACAGUUAUAAAGAGGAAAUAGCAAAUAUAAUUGUGACGGCAACAACAACGACUGCUACAAAAACUUGCGAACGUUUAGGCCUGAAAUAAUUGGGGCCAUGCCUAUGUUACAUUACUAUUGUCCAGAUGAGUAAGGAUAAUGCGCUCUCGAUGGUUCAUAACCAAUUUCUUGUCUUUAACAGUGAACGCAUAUAUGAGGUGGUAUAUUAUUCACGAUGACAAGAAGUAUUGUAAGCCAUCCAAUGCUACAGAACGGAAGCACUUGGAAAAUGGAUGGAAGACGAAAAGAGUUUGGGGUGCGCUUAACCAGCCUAAAGCUCCUAUCAAUGUACCUAUUAUAUAUAUAUAUACGUCAUCGUUCAAAUCUAUUUUUACAUGUGAAUAAAAACAAUGCAAAUGUGCAAAUGGAAAGGAACA